AUGACAAGCUCUCACAAGGCUUCAGCUCUAUUCUUUCACUUACUCUUGGUAUGUUUUCUUCCAUCGAAGAUAACCGCAUCACUGAGAGCAGAAGCAGAAGCUCUGAUUAAAUGGAAAAACAGUCUGUCUCCUUCUACUCUCAACUCAUGGUCCCUUAGCAAUACGAACAAUCUCUGCAAUUGGAGUGCCAUAGUCUGUGACAGCACUAAUACAACAGUCUCAGAGAUAAACCUCUCCGGAGCCAAUCUUACUGGCUCACUUACGGGUUUGGACUUCACUUCUCUCCCCAGUCUCACUCGCCUGAACCUCAGUCACAAUGGUUUCAAUGGGUCAAUUCCAUCUGCUCUUGUUAACCUCUCCAAGCUCAUUUUCCUGGACUUGGGACACAACUUCUUCAAUGGAACUCUGCCUGCUGAGCUAGAUCAGCUGAAAGAGCUUCAGUAUAUGAGUUUAUACAACAACAACCUUAAUGGGACCAUUCCCUAUCAGGUCACGAAGCUCCAAAAGGUAUGGCACCUAGACUUUGGAUCAAACUACUUUGUUAAUCCUCCUGACUGGUCAAUAUAUUCAGGCAUGUCGUCCUUAACCCACCUUAGUUUAGCUCUCAAUAGAUUCACUUCUGAAUUUCCAAGCUUCAUUCUAGAGUGUCGAAAUUUGACAUUUCUAGACAUGUCCUACAAUCCGAUGAGUCUAAUACCAGAGUCAUUGUAUACCCAUCUGCAAAAGCUUGAAUACCUCGAUAUGAGCAAAUGUGAGCUAGAAGGACACUUGUCAACAAACUUGUCCAAGCUUUCCAAUCUCAAAGAAAUUCAUCUGCGUGCUAACAAGUUGACAGGUUCCAUUUUCGCAGAAAUAGGAUUAAUAUCUGGACUACAAGUUCUUGAAUUGAAUGAGAAUUUACUCGAGGGGGAAAUUCCUUCCUCUCUAGGCCAGCUUAGUGACUUGCGCCGUCUUGAUCUCAGACAAAAUUCCUUAAAUUCUACCAUUCCUUCUGAGCUUGGCCUUUGUACCAACCUAACCUUCCUGGCUUUAGCAGUGAAUUCUCUGGUUGGUUCCUUGCCAAUGUCGUUGUCCAACCUGACAAAAAUUAAAGAAUUGGGCUUAUCAGAUAAUCUCUUCACAGGUCAAAUCCCUGAUUCGUUGAUCUCUAAAUGGACAGAAUUAUCUUCUUUGCAGCUACAAAACAAUAAAUUUAGGGGAGAAAUCCCUGCAUCGAUUGGCCUGUUGAUGAAAAUUGACAUUCUUUUUCUAUACAACAAUACAUUCUCUGGCCCCAUUCCUCCCGAGAUUGGGAACUUGCAAGCAAUGAGCCAUUUAGACGUCUCUUCAAACAAAUUUUCUGGUCCAAUUCCUUCAACCAUAUGGAGACUUGAAAACAUUACAAUCAUAACUCUUGCCUCGAAUAACCUCUCAGGAACCAUUCCCAUGGAAAUUGGAAACCUCACUUCAUUGAUAAGUUUUGAUGUCAACAGUAAUUUUCUCCAUGGUGUGUUGCCCAACACUAUUUCCCAGUUAACCAAGUUACAAAAUCUUUCUGUAUUCACCAACAAUUUUUCAGGCGACAUUCCCAGAGAUUUUGGGAAGUACAGCCUUGAUUUGAGAUAUGUCUAUCUUUCAAAUAAUAGCUUCUCCGGGGAACUACCGCCUGAUCUGUGCAGCGGUUUUGCACUAAUGGACUUAAGGGUGAAUAACAAUAGUUUUUCAGGACCAUUGCCCAAGUGCUUGAGGAAUAGUUCAGCAUUAACAAUGGUGAAGCUUGAGAGAAACCAAUUCACAGGAAACAUCACAGAAGCAUUUGGGAUUUACCUAAAUCUUACAUCCAUCACACUCAGUGGCAACCAGUUUGUUGGUGAACUCUCCCCAAAAUGGAGCGAAUGCAAGAGCUUAAUCAAGAUAGACAUGGAUAACAACAAGCUCUCUGGGAAAAUUCCAUCUGAAUUGAGUUUGUUAAGCCAAUUACAAUAUCUAAGCCUACACUCCAAUCAAUUUACUAGUAGCAUUCCACCAGAAAUGGGAAAUCUAAGGCAACUUUACUUGUUUAACUUGAGCGGCAAUCAUUUGACAGGAGAAAUCCCCCAGACUCUUGGCAGAUUGGACCGCCUUAAUUGUCUUGACUUAUCAAAGAACAAGUUUACUGGAAGCAUACCGAAAGAGCUCAGUAACUGUGGCAGUUUAAUUGGCUUGAAUUUGAGCCAUAACAAUUUAACUAGGGAGAUACCAUUUGAACUUGGCAACCUGUUAUCGCUCCAAUACCUUCUGGACCUCAGCAGCAACUUUCUUUCAGGGCCAAUUCCUCAGAACCUAGAAAAGCUCAGUCAUUUGCAGAUCCUUAAUGUCUCACGCAACCAUCUUUCAGGGACAAUCCCACCAUCGUUUUCAAGUAUGCUCAGUCUUCAAUCCAUCGAUUUUUCUUACAACAACCUGAUGGGUCCUAUACCCAGGGAAGGUAUUUUCCAAAGAGCACCUACUGAAGCUUAUGUUGGAAAUUCUCGUUUGUGCGGCAAGGCAAAAGGAUUAAUUGCUUGUUCCACAGAAUCUUCCCUAGGCAACUCUGGAGGGGUCAACAAAAAGGUACUUCUUGGUGUCAUUAUACCAGUUUGUGCGCUACUAAUUUUCGGGGUGAUUGUUGUUAGAAUCCGAGUGUUCCACCAACGGGCCAAACUUCCAGACGAAGAGUCCAGCGAUGCUCAGAAGACUAAAAAACUGUAA